ACAGAGAACAUUAGCGUCGGUUGAGACGGCGGCUCACUCUCCAAACGCCCGGAUGAGAGCAGCAGGCGUCAUUCAGCACAACAUGGUCGCAUGAGAGUCGGCCGAGCCGAGGGCAACAUAUUUCGCGGGGACGAGCGCAGACAGACACUGCUGGAAUCUGUGACAUUUUCGACGCAACCCACGGAGUGCGGUUCUGGGAAAAUACCCAGGCAGUGAUACAGGCGUGGAGGCGAGGAGGAACAGCACAUUUUCUCCCCCUCGUGGUGUCCAAUUUCGUUGGUGAAGGAACGUGCAGACAGCCUGUCUCACACUAAGCUAUGGAAUGCUCCCUGCUCCCACCAUCACUAGUCUCCAAUCUUUGGACUGAGCUCCAAACACUUAGUUAGCAGCUGUGCUUCUCCCCUCGAACUCUUUACAACCAGGGGACGAAGAAAAGGAGUGGACUAACCAAGUCCUCCAAUAAAACGCACAGAGCACUUCAUUAUUUUUUUUUUUUAGAAAUAUUUAAACUUUUUUUUCUCUAUUUGGAUUUUGUGUGACGAAAUAGUAUCAAGAUGGAUAUGGAUUCAUAUCUGUGGAUGGUCAUCCUUGGCUUCAUCAUUGCCUUCAUCCUGGCCUUUUCCGUGGGCGCCAAUGAUGUGGCCAAUUCAUUCGGCACAGCAGUGGGGUCCGGCGUGGUCACACUGAGGCAGGCCUGUAUCCUGGCGUCCAUCUUUGAGACACUGGGCUCCAUGCUACUCGGAGCCAAAGUGGGUGAGACAAUUCGGAAGGGCAUCAUAGACGUCAGCCUGUACAACGACACGGUGCCCGUGCUCAUGGCGGGGGAGGUCAGCGCCAUGGUUGGGUCAGCUGUCUGGCAGCUAAUAGCCUCCUUCCUCAAACUGCCAAUCUCUGGGACUCACUGCAUUGUUGGCGCCACCAUCGGUUUCUCCAUGGUGGCCAUCGGCACCAAGGGCGUACAGUGGAUGCAGCUUGUAAAGAUUGUGGCUUCGUGGUUCAUCUCCCCUCUGCUCUCUGGACUCAUGUCUGGACUCCUCUUCCUGCUCAUCAGACACUUCAUCCUCAGCAAGGAUGACUCUGUCCCUAAUGGCCUGCGAGCGCUGCCCCUCUUCUAUGCCACCACCAUUGGGAUCAACACGUUUUCCAUCAUGUACACUGGAGCCCCAUUGCUCGGGAUAGAGAUGCUACCAGUGUGGGCCAUCUUUCUCAUAACUUUAGCCGGGUCACUGGUCUGUGCAGCUGUGGUCUGGUUUGUCGUGUGUCCUUGGAUGAGGAGGAAAAUAGCAAGUCGUCUAAAGAAGGAGCAGGCUUUGUCUCGGAUCUCUGACGAGAGCCUGGACAAGAUACCUGAAGAGGAGGAGGAAAGUCCCGUCUUUAAGGAGCUUCCAGGAGCCAAGGGAACAGAUGAGGCCGUGUUGCCGCUCACUGGGGGCGGCGGAACCCGUCAGUCCAGUGGAGAGCUCAACAACCUGGCUAAUGGAAGCUCCAUCCUGCCAAACGGCCGGGUUUACGGUCGGACUCACUCAAUGACCAACGGUUGCCUCAAGUCACCCGUCUCAAAUGGCAGUUUCAGCUUCGACGGCCCCAUGCGCAGCGAUGGCCAGGUCUACCACACAGUACAUAAGGACUCGGGUCUCUAUAAAGACCUGCUUCACAAAAUACACCUGGGCCGCAUGGAUGAGAGCGACCGCACAGGUUCCAGCUCCGGCCCCGGCGACAACAACUACCGCCUGCUGCGCCGCAACAACAGCUACACCUGCUACACGGCAGCGAUAUGCGGUAUGCCGGUGCAGCCGCUCCUGCGCACGGAGUCACGCGACGACAGUGAAAAGCUGGUGGGCGAGGGAGGUGGCAGGAGCAACAGCGUGUCCUACUCCAAGAAGAGAAUACGCUAUGAUAGCUACUCAUCGUACUGUAACGCUGUCGCCGAGGCAGAAAUUGAGGCAGAGGAGGGAGGGGUGGAGAUGAAGCUGGCCACAGAGCUGGAGGGGGUGGAGGAAGAAGGGGCUCCGGCUCCAGAGCCCAUGGACGACCUGGGAGAGGAGGAGCUGGAGGAGAAAGACAAGCCUGAGGUGUUCCAGCUUUUCCACUUCCUGCAGAUCCUCACUGCCUGCUUUGGGUCCUUUGCUCACGGAGGCAAUGAUGUCAGUAACGCUAUCGGGCCUCUGGUGGCGCUGUGGAUGAUCUACGAACAGGGCGGCGUGAUGCAGGAUGCCACCACUCCCAUCUGGCUGCUGUUUUACGGCGGCGUGGGCAUCUGCUUGGGGCUGUGGGUGUGGGGUCGCCGCGUCAUUCAGACCAUGGGCAAGGACCUGACUCCCAUCACUCCUUCAAGCGGAUUUUGCAUUGAAGUAAUGAGUGCGCUAACGGUGCUUGUUGCAUCAAAUGUGGGCAUCCCAGUAAGCUCCACCCACUGCAAGGUGGGCUCGGUCGUGGCCGUGGGCUGGAUCCGCUCCAAGAAAGCAGUGGACUGGCGCCUCUUCCGGAACAUCUUCCUGGCGUGGUUCGUCACGGUGCCUGUGGCCGGCCUGUUCAGCGCUGCCGUCAUGGCCCUGUUUGUAUAUGGAAUCCUGCCCUACGUCUGAGGACGUGUGGCUGGGAGGGAGAACACCGGAGGAAAGGAAGUGAGUCAGGCAGAGAGAGGGAGAGAGAGAGGGGGAGGCUUGAGUAAAAAUCGUAGCUGGUGCAGAUGAGAAGGAAAUGAGGAAACUAAAACAAGUGAGAGUGAUGGUGAAGAGAGGCAGGGAGCUGCAGAGGUUUGAGGUGGACUUGGUUGUACUGUGGAUGUGAGGAGGGUUGGUUAACACGCUUCCUGGCUCUAUAUAGUCCAGAGAUCUUUUUUUGAGUUUCACUUAUCCAAUUCUAUUCAUUCUCCUUCUUGGAUGUGCAACCAUCCUGUUCACUGGACCAUUCAACGUGCUGUACAUAAGGCAAAUAUACCAAGAUUUCCAACAACGGUUUAACAAAGAGUUGUUGGAGGAACAGUGGCAGCCAUUCCCCCCCCCCCCCUCCAUUUCUUCUUCUUAUAAUAGAUAAAUCAUGAGAAAUCCAGAUUGCACACGACAAACGAUCAAAACCCAGUGACAAACAUUAGCAUAGUCGGUCCAGUGCUUAUAAUUAUUCCGAAAAAAAACAAAACAACUGUACAUAUCGUCGUAUUUGACUGCGUGUGAUUUGUUGUAUUGCAGCUUGCUUUAAAAAAAAACAACAAAAAGAAAAAGGAAAAAAAAGAUGAGUGUGGUCAACCAACCCAUCCAACAUCUCACCUUUCAAAUGCUCACCAGGUACAACUGGGGCCAAAUAACAAGAAACAAUGCCUCAGAAGGGGUGGUGGCACUGUCGGUCCACUUAGUUAUUUUCCACGUUACCGUAGCAACCUGAUUUGCUCGAGAUUCUUCUUUUUUUUUUUUUUUUUUUUUUCCUUUGUCAGAAGCUCCCCUAUGUUUUUAGAGAUGGAUCUCAUAUUUUUAAUGAUGUAUUAUACUGUAAUUUGUACUGUAAAUACUGUCCUGAAGAGUUUGGGGGUGGAAUAGGGGAUCAUGGAUUGUAUUUAAUGUUGUGUUUGGGGGGGUGCGUUAACUUGUCAUGAUGUCAUAUUAAUAUGGUUUAUCACGCACACAUUAACACACACUUGACGGGCUGUUAUAUCAGCAGUUGGCAGAUGUAUAGUGAAUGGAAAAAGUAUUUAAAACAAUAACUGGAGAUAACUUUUUCUUUAUUUUUUUUUUCCCUCCCCAAUUCAAGUAAAUUGAACAGUGUUGACGGGAAGUUUCCCGCGCCGCGGAGUCGCUCUUUUGAGAGCCGCGCCAUGCCAAAGUAAGCCGUGACGUUGCCAUGCCAACCUGCCAAUUUCAAGUAACGAUAUCAAGGUGCAGCAGAAGCCAAAACAUAAAAAAAAAACAAAACCAUUAAAUGCCAGAAUGUUCACAUAUCUGCGUCUGUAUAAGAGUAAUUUCCUCAUACUGAGGGCUCCCCGUCACUGAUGGACCUCCAAAGGUGUCGUAUCAAAAACACUACACAAUACGCUUGUAUUAUAAACUCAGCCAGUUAUGCAGAAGUGAUGGAUGAACCAGGGGAUUCGACCUCAGCCACACUUGUAGCUCCUCAAACAACGGUUACUCGUGGCGUCUUAGGUUCAAGUGAACUCGUUGUUUUUGUUCAGGCUGCUCACGUCACAAGAAUAUCACACAACUUCUGAGUUAGGAUCAUUAUGUUUGAAUAAGUUGGUAUUUCGGUGGGGGCGGGAUUGUACUGAUCAUCACCAGCUUUUUAACAGGGUCACCUGACCUGUAAAUGAACAAAAUGAAGCUUUUUUUUAUUAUUAUUGUUAUU